UAUACAUGCAUGCCCUACAAAAAAAUAAGCAGUCGAAGAGAGAGCAGAGAGGAUGAAAUGCCUACACUUUCCCUAAUUUUUGAGCACCAUUGUUGUUCCAUCACAUUCAUUGGUACCUCUCUAAAUUAAUUGGUUGCCUCUACUCUUACGUUGUUCUUGUGUGACGACACAAAAACAUAAAUAAAAAGGAGAUAGAAUGGGAGGUUGUGCCACUAAGCCCAAAGUAUCAAAGGAAGAUGCAGAGGCAAAGGCAAAGAAAGCACCUGAGCCUGAACCUGAACCUGAACCUGAAUCUCAACCAGAGGCCAUGGAGAAGAAGAUUGUGAUGGUAGUUGAUGAUGACGAUGAUGAUCAUGAUGACCAAUCCAACAAGCGACCUUCUCUCAGCUUGUUGUUCAAGCAGAAUGAAGAUGCAAAGGUUUCCACAGAAAAUGAGAAACAUGCAGUGGAGGAGACAGCGAAAGAAGAAACCAAAGAAGCAGUGAAAAUCAAUGAAGAGGAGACGGCAAAAGAAGAUGCGAUACCUUUAAAAAAAACAGAAGAAAGUAAUGAAAGCAGUGAAGCAGUGAAAGUAGGAGAAGAACAAUUUGAAGAAGAAGUUGGUGUUGCUGUGGCUGAAGAGAAGGUAAUUGAGAUUGAUGCAACCGUAACAGAUUAUCAUCAUCAUCACGCAACAGAUGUUGCUACCACUCACAUUCAUUAGAACACCAAGUCAUCAUGUAUGUUUCAAUUUUUUUUUUUUCUAAUUAAGUGUGUUGUGUACUCUGCGUUGUUGAUUUAUAUUUGUGGACUGACCGUGUCAGAUCAAACUAAAAUCACAAUGUAAAUUGUAACCGGGAAGUCCAUCGACGUUCAUGUCAAUGCAAAACUAUCUGCAAAUUUAAAUACUAAUAUGCAAACAGUGUAAGCAAAUUGAUUUUUACAUUAAAGAC